AUGUCUCUUCGUCCGUCCACUGCUCCUCUGCGUGCCCCUUUGCCUUCUCCUCCUGAGUCCUCUCUUCCUGCUCUUGCGGACCCGGAGUCGGACUCUCUUCGUGCUGCCAGUCCUACUGUCACGCGUCUCCUUGCUAUUGUCUGUGCCCUUGGCACGGACGUCCUGGAGGACAGGCAGGAGGAGUUCCAAUGUCUUGCAGCUGCUUCACCUCAUCUCGUGUCUGUACUGCUUACCCCUGAGGGAGAACCGGAUGCACUUAACAUCCCGACUCCGCGCACUUACGCGGAGGCGAUAGAGGGUCCCUACUCCUCUCAGUGGCAGGCAGCUAUGGAUGCAGAGAUGGCUUCCUGGAAGUCCACAGGCACCUACGUUGACGCUGUCCCCCCUCGUGGGGCGAACAUCGUGAGUGGCAUGUGGAUCUUCGGGGUGAAGCGGCCGCCGGGUUCUCCGCCUGUCUUCAAGGCGCGUUACGUGGCUCGUGGCUUCAGCCAGCGGCAGGGAGUUGACUACUUUCAGACCUUCUCCCCCACCCCGAAGAUGACCACUCUUCGGGUACUGCUGCACGUUGCUGCUCACCGUGACUACGAGUUGCACUCUCUCGACUUCAGCACAGCUUUCUUGCAGGGCAGCCUGCACGAGGAGAUCUGGCUGCGUCGCCCACCUUGCUUCACUGGGUCUUUCCCUCCUGGUACCCAGUGGAGUCUCCGGCGUCCAGUCUACGGUCUCCGCCAGGCGCCACGUGAGUGGCACGACACACUGAGGACUACGCUGGCGGCACUUGGGUUUGCUCCUUCUACUGCCGACCCGUCGCUGUUUCUGCGCACCGACACCUCUCUACCGCCGUUCUACAUCCUCGUGUACGUCGACGACUUGGUCUUUGCCACAGCUGACACUGCUGGACUCGCCUACGUGAAGUCCGAGCUGCAGAAGAGACACACGUGCACUGACCUGGGUGAACUGCGCAGCUACCUUGGCUUGCAGAUCACCCGGGACAGAGCACGCCGCACAAUUACCCUGACUCAGUCACACAUGGUGCAGCAGGUCCUUCAGCGCUUCGGCUUCACCAUUCUCGCACGCUAUGUUGCUCCUGGGAGACACCGACCAGAGCACAUGGCUGCAGCAAAGAGGGUGUUGCGCUACUUGUGCAGUACGUCGGGCAUGGGGCUAGUGCUUGGAGGGCGGAGUCUAGUGGUCCUCACUGGGCACGCGGACGCUUCUUGGGCUGACGACCAGGCUACGCAGCGGUCGUCACAGGGUUACACCUUCAGCCUUGGUUCCGGCUCUGUUUCGUGGCGGGCUACUCGCUCGUCUUUUGUUCUAGGCUCCAGUUGUGAGGCUGAGAUCUACGCUGGGGCCAUGGCUGCACAGGAGCUUCGCUGGCUCACCUAUGUGCUGACCGACCUUGGAGAGCAGCCUCGUUCUCCUCCAGUCCUGUACGUAGACAACAAGGCCAUGCUGGCCUUGUGUCGAGAGCAGCGACUGGAGCACAGAACAAAGCACAUUGCUCUCCGCUACUUCCUUGCUUGUGAGCUACAGCAGCGUGGACAGUUGCGACUUGCGUACGUGGCCUCUGAGGCCAACACUGCUGAUGUCUUCACCAAGGCACUUGGGCCUUGUGAUCAUCAGCGCUUGUGCACUCAGCUGGGUCUUGUGCCCGUCUUGCCUCACUUGCUCUCCUCUUGA